CUUAAAAGGUCACAGGAUUAAAUUGAAACCGUGAAGUGUCAAAUCUAAAUAAAGUUUUUUUUUGUUUUUGUUUUUGCAUUUACUAAAAAAAUCGUUUUACUGUUCUCCCCGGGAUUAUCAGGCAAUAUCUGUUUCUGAGUUCUUACACUUUCAUUCUCAUUUCUUGCCUACAAUUGGAUCCCUUUUGUUGUUGUAAAAAUCAGUAUUUAAGCCCUGGAGUGACAUUAUUCGGAUGAAUGCAUUGCCUUGAUUGGUUUGAAACACUAAACAUAGGUGUGUGAGUUUUGCUUUUAUGCUGUUUAGCCAGGGUGGAAGUGGCGUUUUCCAUGUCAAUCUGGUUUAAGAUGACUGACAAAAUUUUCUGUUUUGACCUACAUAAAAUCUUUUCACUUGCCCCUGCUGAUGAACUGAAGCGGUUUUUUGGUCACCGGUCAUUUCGCCCCGGUUACUUAGCCCCCAUUUCUAGAACGAGGAAUAUUAUAUUUGAAGCGCGCUUGUUUUGCUUUAUGGCUUGAAGAACGAGGAAUAUUACAUUUGAAGCGCACUUGUUUAUUUGCUUGUUUUUUCUGGUUAUAGAACGAGGAAUACUACAUUUGAAGCGCGCUAAAUGACUGGAAAUAAGAAGCUAAGUAACCCGGGCGAAAUGACCGGUUACCACUGAAGCUAUACCUUCAGAGUCAAUUUAACACGCUUAGAACCAGUGAAAGAAGAGGAUUUAAGUUAUCUAGGGUGAACUUAGUGGAAUUUAAGACUUUUGUUGGUAAAAACUGUACAUCUAUUCACCAUUGGUAGAUUUCUGGAAGCCAUUGAGAGGUGCAAAGAUUGUGCAUCAUAUCAUUUUCUUCUCGGCAAGUUGUACUGGGAAAUGAAUGGAAAUCUAAGAGCAGACAAGAAGAAGUGCCUUGCUCAGUUCUUGAAGGUAACGGCUGCCUGUUGCCCUUUUUUACGCACUUUGUCACAGCAUAUCCUUCUGUUCUUUCCAAAACUCUGACACUGGUGAUCCUAAGUAUAAAGCUUUCUAGUAUUCCUCUUUUAUGGUUCUCACGUGAUCUUUCCAUUCUCGCAAAUUUUCCCCGCCGGCCGCUCUAAUUCAACUGACCCCAUCGUUCAACAGACAGCGGUCUUACUUUAGAAAGCUGGUUUACUAACUUAGAACAAACGCCACUGAAUCGUACCCAACAGCUACCAGCGCCGUACAAACGACUUAUUGACGAGAUCAAGCAAAACUAACUACGAGAGAACAACUGGAGAACUGACAAUUUGACUAACAAUAUACGACUGUUUAACUGUGACAGUAAACGGAUCGAAACGCACCAAUCACUGAUUACGAGUCUUCAUAGCCAAUGACAUCACGGCUUAACUGACAGACGACCAAUAAUAUCGCGACAUAAUUGACCAAUCAGAUCAAUCAGAGUAUAAUACCAUCAACUGACGUGAUACAACUCACUUUGACUCUGAAGAUGACUACCGCACAGGUUGUCGAAACGUCAGUCACUGUCAACAACAACAGUCCUAUUCAGGACUACGUUCACCCGGACGAUCAAACUCAACCUACUUUUGAAGUGACUCCUGGGUUCAAACCCCGGGGUACUCCCAUACAUUACCUAUACGGGUAUGUGCCGCCCUGGUGAAGCUCCUGGUUUAGAACGGGGUAUCCAUUUCAGAGGCGUUUUCUUGAACGGGGUAUAAUAUCUCGAACGCACGAAAGCUCCAGUUUUGUAAGAAGCCAUUUGAAAUUAUUCAAGGACAGAUUGCUUUUAAAAAUACGGUUCAAUGCGUUAACAAGCAAACUGUUAUGCUCUUGUUGCACCCCAGAACGGAGUAUUAAAAAUUGGCCCACUUCUAGAACGGGGUAUAAAACAUUGGCCCAUUUCUAGAACGAGGUAUCAAUUUAAGGGGAAAUUUUUUUAAGAACGGGGUGCCAAUUUGGAGUCCCGGGCAGCACAUACCCACCCAAAAAAUACCCAAGUGGCCCCCCGGGGUUCAAACCUUUCACAGUCAUUCAAAAGUUGUAUCAAUAGCGCUACCACCGGGUAAAUCACUAUUCAGCGGAUAAGUGUCAGGGAAACCGGUUGCGUUAUCCAAUGGAUAGAGAUUUAUCUGCAGGCCCGGGUUGUUCAAACGUUGGAUAGCGCUAUCCACCGGAUAAAUCGCUAUCCAGCGGAUAGCGUAAUUGACUUGCGUAAUACUUAUCAGCUGGAUAGUGAUUUAUCCGAUGGAUAGCGCUAUCCAACGUUUGAACAACCGGGGCCUGAUGGAUAGCGUUCUCCGCCUUUUGAGCAACUGAGACCAGACUGAUAGGCGCUAUGCACCUGAUAAAUUGUAUCGUAAUAAAUUGUAUUAAUAGCGCUACUACCGGAUAAAUUACUAUUCAGCGGGUACGUGUCAGGGAAACCAGUUGCGUUAUCCAAUGGAUAGAGAUUUAUCUGAAGGAUAGCGUUCUCCGCCUUUUGAGCAACGGAGACCAGACUGAUAGGCGCUAUGCACCUGAUAAAUCGUAUCGUAAUAAAUUGUAUUAAUAGCGCUACUACCGGAUAAAUUACUAUUCAGCGGAUAAGUGUUAGGGAAACCAGUUGCGUUAUCCAAUGGAUAGAGAUUAGCGUUUUCCAUCUUUUGAGCAGCUGAGACCAGGUUGAUAAGCGCUGCUGCUAUAUCCACCAGAUAAAUCGCUGUCCAGUGGAAACUACUGGACAGAUGUUUGUCUAAUGGAUAGUGCUAUCACCCUUUUGAGCAACUGACGCGUAUUCUUUUAAUUGCUCUAAGCCCUGUAACCAUUUCUAGUAGCAUAUCCGCCGAUCCCUUUUGUUAAUCCCACAUAUCUUUUUAUUCCCAUAAAUCAUUCCAACUCAUCUUCUACUGUGUUUUCUUGUGAUUUAAGUUGUCUUCAACUAUUCUCAUCUGUUCACUUUUUGCCGCUAUUCCCCUUUGAAAAUGUUAGUGAUAGCUACAACUACAAUUUGAAUAACCUGGAGACGAUAUUUUUCAGGCAGCAAAGCUAGACCCGUACCAUUCACCGUCAUUUCUGUACUUGGGACAUUACUAUCUUAAAGUUCUCAAGGAUAUCAGGUAAAGUGAUAAACAAGUUUUAUUUAAAUUUAGUUGCGUUUCAAUGAGGCCAACUGAAAAAUUUAGCACAGUAGAAGGUAUGAAAUUAACUUCUUGCCUCUUUCGCAAGCUCAGCCGAUUAGAAAAACAUUUCUCACCCACUGAAUGCCAUUUGUCUGCCACACAACAAUGCAAACAGCAAUUUAAUCACAACCAUCACAAAAAUUUUACAACAAAAAAGGAAAGAAUAGAAAAACCUUCCUGAACUUAAUACACUAGUCAAUCUAUCUCACAUUUUUUUGAACUAGCAAAGGGCGGGAGCGGGGGAACACUGUUGCACUGUUUGGCAAGAAACAAAACUGAAUCACGUGAGCACGAAAACUGGUACCCUAAAUUGUAACUCGUGCCCAGGUUCCAUUCAGUGUGAGAGAACUUCAUUUCUCUCCGUUUUUCACGGGGGUUUUCGACUACAGAUAGAAAUAGUAACUUCCAUUUAUAAAGUGUUGUUGAACCUAGCGAAGUUUCUUUGAAAGUCUAUAAAGAUAACUACAAUACUAGGUCAGGUUUCGUUGAGCCCGGCCACACUAUGUUCCAUGUCUACUUUGCAAUUUAACUUGCACCUUAAAGAAAACGACCAAGGAGAUAAUUUUUCCCCUUCAAAGUUUAGAGGAAGACUCAAAAGAAGCACAGAAUGAAAGUAAGGUACAAGAUCAGAGCAGGUGCAAAACGUUCAGAACUGUUGCUACAAUGCAAUUAUAAUCCUCCGGGUUUUAUGGGAAAAUUAUUUCUGAGGUCAUAUUAUAGUUGAACACAGAGACAUGCUGACAUGCUGACACGCCGAGACAGUGGCUCAAAGACAUGUUCACACUGAUAAAACGCUCACAACCUGACAUGCCGACGUUUUCACAUGUUGACAUGCUGGCAGGUAGUCAUGUUGGCGUGCUGGUACGCUGACACUGACCUGCUGAAACGCUUACUACCUGACGCGCUGAGACGCUGACAUGGUGAUAUACAGGCUUGAAGACACUCUGACGCUUGUUGACAUGUUGACAUACUGAUUCAGACAUGUUGAUGCUGACAUUCUGACAUGCUGACAAGCUAUUGUGCUGACAUGCAGACGCCCUGAAGACACGCUGAUACUGACAUUCUGACAUGCCGAUAUGCAAACGUGCAGACACGCUGAUGUUUACACGCUGACCGUCUGACAGGCUGACGUGUUGACAUGCAAACGUACAGACACGCUGAUGCUGUCAUUCUGACCGGCCGACUUGAAGAGACGCUGACACGUGGACAUACUUUCACACUAAAAUGCUGACAUGGAGACAUGGAGACACGCUGACGAACUAAUAUGCUGCCUUGUUGACACACUGACGUUGACAAGGUACCGUGUGAGUGUGUGCGCGACACUGAGGUCCCUGCUGCAAGUGUGCAGUCACCUUCACCUUUUAACACUAUCAACUUCGAGCGGUUCACUAUUUUUCCUGAGGUUUGUGGUUCCUCUCUCACACGCCUAACUAUUUCGAGACUAUCAACUUAAAGCGGUUUACCAUUUUUCCUGAGGUAUGUGGCUUACCUCUCACACGUAUAAUUAUUAUCUUUAUUUCUAGCAAAGCCAGUAGGUGUUAUCAGAAAGCAUUUGAUCUUGAUCCAAGCUGUGAUGAUGCUGGAAUAGCGCUGGGUGAUUCCCUGAUGGAGCUAGGGCAAGAGGUACACUGAUAUGAGUCCGCUGAGUGGAUAAAUGCGUAAAAGUGACUAGUAUUCAAAUAAUAGCUACAGAAUAUAAGCGUAAUAUUUCAAGUAACGCGUCUAUCAUUAGACUGUUAUUUCAACUUUGUCCUAAAAUAUGGCCCAAAUUAUCAAGAAGUAUGUUAAAUAUGUAAACCAGCCCAAACGUUUGUGUCUGUAUUAUGCAACUGAGUAAAAAAGUUAAGGUGUGUCUACUCAAGUUGUCUUGUUUUCAGGUUUUUUAAGUAUUAAUUGGUAUCAGCCUACAAUUACCCAGACAGUGAUAUUUAUUUUCUUGCAGGUUGCUGCGUUGAACCUUUACAAGAACAUCACAGCGAUGUCUUCCCCUGGAAAGUAUGAAUAAUGUGUUAAAUUUUUGCUAAAAAAAAUGCAUAAUGGUUUUUGAUAUCAGAGCACCACAUUGACUAUGACUUGAGGAAUCAAAGAAAGAUACGAAGAACUCCUCGGUCCGUAGCUACAAUCGGCGACAAAAUUGUUGAGAUAUUGUCCUCAAAUGGGGUAACUUCGAAGAACAAAAUAAUCCACCCCCCCCUCCAUUCCAAGUUGGGGUGUUUGUUGUUUUCUACAAGAAGCUCAAACAUCGGCACAACAUCAAACAGCGGCCUACAACAUUAACCGCCCUGGGCGCUAGAGGGACCUGGAGAGGGGGGGGGUGGGAGGAGGCUGGGCGCUUUUAAAUUUUCUUUUUCCUUUUUUGUUUAUUUUGCAACAAAACAAUAAAAGAUGUAACAAGUUCCUGUAAAAUACUUUGAAGAGAACUCCGUCUUCAGGAAGUCUCUUAUUAGGCCCUUUUUUGCGGUGGGGUGGGGUUGAGGACGAAGUGUCUCAACAAAUUUUGUCGCUGAUUGUAGCUUCCAAAACCGUCACUUUUUACCUUUUUAUAACUCAAGCGUGAGAGAAAGGAACCUAUUUCUGUUUAUUAGUUGGUUCAGGAAGUUUUUAUGGGUUAUGCGACAUUUGCCAAGAAUAUACGAAGACAUCUUUUUGUUUUGUGUUAUCCCGAUGCAUGUUUUUUCUUCUUCUAGUAGCCUGAGAAAGCAGCCGGCAUUUCACUGGUGUGUCCGCGAAAUGACGUCCAAGGAAAGACAGCAGAAGUUCUGUACUGAUGACGUAUCACUACCCAGAUCUAGGUAGUGCUUCUGAUUGGUUAAAGCAAAAUUCUUUCGCGGCACGUCCAAUCAGAAGCACCACCAUGAUCUGGUACUGACACGUCAUCAGUAUGGAAUUUCAGCGCUCGUUUCUCAGACAUCAUUUCACGGGAAUCCGGUGGUGACAUCGCAAAAUGUCAGCUGUUUCCUCAGGCUGUUUCGAUGAUCAGAAUUUUUAUUCUGAGUAAAUCUCUCUUGGGUGUUGAAAAGGAGAUCCUGUGUGUACUAUAGGAAAUUUCAAGCGCGUGACAUUAUUUGACUACAGCUACCAGAAUCCUUCAGUUUGUUAUUUUCAUGUGUAUAGUAGACUGCGAGCAGUCUUAUUUUUUUUUAAAGUAAGAGCACGCGACGCUCGCCGCCCAUGGCUCUGAGGAAAGAGCUCGCGGUCUCUGUGUAAUUUAGUGCUUUUGUUAUAUAAAUCCCAGUGAGAUUGAUAAAUUUGAAUAUGAAAGGAAAAACCAAUAUGAAUUCUGGUAAUGGGAGGGCGUAACUUGAGUGCUACACUGAAAUUCUGAAGUGUUUGCGUAUACAUAUUUCUAGUUGUAAUAAAUGAUAUGACUGUUUAUAUGUAGGGGUAAAUGGGCGUGGCUACGGCUUGGAUUGUUCCACUUAAAACACAGUGAGAGCACAGAGGCAGUCACCUGGUAAGUCUUGCAUCCUCGGCAUUAUCAAAAUGCUUGACUGGUCCACUACUUGUUGUUAGGCGAACAUGUUUGCCACCUAGUUACAUAAAAGGCAGCCAUGCUCUCCCAAAUGUGAUAAUGUCAUUUUAUCCGUACAAACACACGGAAAUGUCGAACGUUUGUGUGUCUUGUCCUUCCAGUAUAAUUUUUUUCUCAAAGGGCAAACAAUGAUCUAUCUUUUCACUUGAAGUAAAAAAUAGGUAUGUAUUGAUAUGUGAUCCAUACGUCACGUAGAAGUCAGUCCUGCACCCACUUGAGAAAGUAUGUAGCUUCUAUUAAGUCGUAAUGGUUUCACCACGGGUCUCCUUGACAAAUGUUUUUCUUAAUUGUCAUUCCAUAUCACUUGCAAUUUAAUCUACAAAAAAGUAAACCGAAGCUGAAACUGGGAUGUACCGUAAGGAAGGACAAUUUUUGAUUCAGUAAUGAUUUACGAUUGUUUCCUCUAGCUUCCAGAGUGCACUACGUGCUGAUCCCAAAGAUAGGUACAAGCUCUUUCUUCUUUAGUUAUUCAUCUAAUUAUUUCUUUGACAUGUAACAGAAAAUUAGGCAGCUUUUGGUAAUUAAAAAGCUUCAUCGAUAGACUCGUUAUAACCACCUUUCACAACAUAACUAACAGCACCGCAGGAAAAUUUCUCAGUAAUUGUCAUUUGAGUGGUCCCAUUUCUAUAUUUUAUCCACAGACUCAAAGUUAGAACCAUUUUGAUGUUUCAAUCUCUGUAAAUUUGAACUGAAUGGCCACAUUUUGGAAUUUUACACAGACUCGAAAGUUCGAACAGCUUUUUUGAUAAACAGCAGUGCCACAGUCAUAGUUCAUCCGGACAGACUCAAAAUUUGAACCACCCUGUGCAACUUACUAAACGGUACCACGGAAAGGUACAGUUCAGUUGCAUUCAAUCAUCACAUUUAAAGAUUCCAUUUACAGACUCAAUAGCAAGAACCACCUGUUUCAGUAUAGAGCAUCACAGAGGAUUGCUACUCAGUAGCUUUCAUUUGAACGUUAUUGGACUGUUAUUUUUUAUUCUAUGUUUUUCUUUUUUUGAUUUAACUUCAGACAUUGUUGGGAGUGUCUUGGCGAAGCAUACAUGAGCCGCGGAAGUUACAAUGCUGCUAUGAAGGCAUUCAGCAAGGCAGCUGAGGUUUCUACUUCUUUAUGCUUUAUUUUUUGAAUAUGCUCUGUUUUCUGCCUCCUUUCCUGUUAAUCUAGAUUAAGAACUCAAUACAAAUUGGUUCUUUUGAGGGGCUGGCCGUUUAUUACUCGUGAGGGGGACGGGCCAGAAGAUUUUCAAAUCGACCCCCACUUCAGGCUUAGUUUUUUAGACAUGACCCCCCAUACAUUUUACAUAUUGUGAAAGUGACCCCCAUCCGAUUGUUGUGGAAAUUACGAAUUUUCUAGAAACAAAUCGUGCCGAGGUUCACUAUAAUCUAUAAUGUAGUCCGCCAACCUGUUAGCUUCGCUGUAACAGUGCCAGUCUGACCCCGGCUGAACCCACAUCAACUAGGGUCUUAAAUAAUCUGGUAAGAUUGAUAGCUCCUCUCGGUUCAGACAAUCACGUCAUUGGGCGGUGGUAAAAAAUUUACUUGAAACCGUUGGCCUUGUCUCCUUGAAAAACCCAUGGUACUGUUGGGACGUAGAGACUGCAGUCGUGGCCUAUCUGACUUGCGCAGUAAUUGGUCUUGACUGAUUGGGUGAGACUAUACACAUUCGCGUUCCCCGAGCUGCGAUCCUUUUUGCCCAGCGCCACGGAUCGAAUCGCGAACUUCCGGCUCUUCAGCUCAGCCAUGAACAAUUGAAAAAGUAAACGUUACCAACGGUUUCAAACCUGGCAGAUAUUGCGCGUGCGCGUUGUCCUGGAACCAGCCGAAGCUCUCGAUCCGAGGCGCUGGCCUAAAGGAUUGCAGGUCUGGGGACGAAAGUUGAUCAUAUAUGGACUAAAGCUAUAGCAAAGCGCGCCUUUAUAUAUAGCUCUCACCGUUCAUCUGCCAUGGUGUAAAAUGGCUCCCAUUAUUAUGCUUACAGCUUACUACAUACGAUUUGAAUUCAUUCUCUUUCAAUCCGCAGUUUGACCGUUCAUCCGUAUACUGUCUUUAUCAGUAAGUGCAGUUUAUUUUGAUAACUUCCACCUCUGAGUGUGGUGGCCUCCAUGAAAGCUCUAGAAAGAAAUGACAACUGCAAAUGAAAGUUUUGUAUUACUUCAAACAGACAAGGUUGCAGUAACGCCUUUUUGUGGAGGAGAUUUCAGUUAAAGCGCAACAUCAGUGAAUCACGAGUAUUACGCUUGUUUUCAACUGCCAAUCCUGUACCUACAUGCCAUGUUUUAGUCAAUCUUUUGUAGCGCGGGAAACUUGCGUGAAUACGUCAUGAUUGGAUUUAUUAUCUGAUUUAUGGAGGAAGUAACGCGAGUUUUUUCAGCCAAUCACCAAGCGUAAGGAUACAAAAGAACGCAAAACCAAAACAGUCGUAAAAAACGAUUUCUCUUGUCGUUCAAAUAUACCCGGUUUUCAUAUAAAAGAUUUUUCACUUUGCCUCAUUUUGAAAGUGGGAGAUUUUGAAAGUUGGAAAUGAAGGCCUUAAAAUUCUCUUGAUAAUCAUUAUGUUCAUUUUGUCUUGAGGUUGGCGGCCAUCAAGCAGCUGUUGUGUGUUUAUGAUGAAGCUAUCAAGGAAUACAAACUCAUUCUGGAGAUGCAGCCUGAUUAUGUCCCGGCUUUAAAAGGUUUGUUUCUAUGCCAGGGCCACUACUGAACAUUUUUUUACUACUAGGAAUGCUUAAAAAUAGGCGAGGCUCGAUUUCCGCUGCUCGUUUCGAUCAUGGGCUCAUUUCGUGAACUACGCCGGGCUUGAAAUCAAGUGUACUAGUGCGCUGGAUAGUCAUUUAUCAGGUGAAUUGUGCUAUCCAACGUUUGAAUAACCGGCUGCAGGACAGUAUUUUAUUUUACAUAACUCUGUAAUAUAACCACAGUCUAAUGAUAGGCCAGCUAUGAUGGGUGGCCAAGCUCUAAAUGGAUUGCUUGCACACUGCAGUGAACUUGACUUAAAUUAAAAACAAACGUCUUAGUUACAUAUACCAAACCUUUGACGCGAGUGGUCUGGUUUUGGUAAUAAUCCGAAGGUUAAAAACAAACAAACAAACAAACAGCGAAUGAAAAAAGAAUAAUGCAAUCAUUUUCUACGCCGGUAAUCUUUUAUUAGGCUUGCAUGUUUUAUUGCAAAGUUAAAAAUCAGCCAGAAAUGAGGCUGUUAUGUUUGAACAAGUUGGCAAUUUUUAAUAACUGCUUUGUUUAGUUAUUUUGUUGAUGUUUUUAACGCACCUUAUUAAAUGCAUUUAGGUCUCGGAGAGACAUACCUCAGUCAGGCGCGAUCAGCCCUUCAGAAGGACUUUAAUGGUAAAGCUGUGGACUACGUGAUUAAAGCUAUCACUGUUUUAGCCAGGUGUGAAAAGUUUUGGUUAGACCAUCACUCGCGAUCGACAUGUACCCUUCACAUUUACCAGUGCGUCUAAUGCUAGCCUCCCGCGCAUACGUUCUUAGGGCGUCGUCACACGUUUCUGUCCCCUGUCCAUAGGUCAGGAACGCCUAAAGAAGUCCCAAGAACGUCAGCGUGGGAGGCUAGUGUAAUGCCUUAUUGCCAAGUUUUGUAAUUCCUCAAACAAUGCAUCGCAGCCUGUGACACAACAGCGACGCAGAUGUAGCCAAGAAAUUAAUACUUUGAAUGAAAUUUUUUUGCUCCACAGAGCGGUGCAGUGCAGACCUGGCCUUUCCUGUCUGUGGAAAUUAAUCGGUGAUUGUUGUACCGUUAUUCACCCUGUAUCUGAUGACUCCAUUCGGUGAGAAUUGACGCACUUUAAUUUUAACGUGGAUAAGGUCUAGACGGGGAAUGGUCAUAAAGAACCGUUGGAUUGGUUGGUAGCCUGCUAGCAAGCUUUCCGGAGCGCUCUAGCGGCUGCCGGGUCGAAUGUGGCGGAAGGGCCCAAGAGAGCUUGCUCGCAGGCUGUUUGGUUGGACGAGGGCCUCAGCUUCGAAGACAAUUGUGAAAUUUGAGGCUUUUUCGCAGUGAGAGGCGCUAUCUGCUAAAAGACACGUUACUGACGUUCGCUCUGUAUUCUUUAGAAUUUUGGAACUUUGCCAUUUUUGUUUACUGAUUUUACCCUUACUAGCUCUUUUUUUUCUCAGAAUCCUUUCGGCCCUUGCCUUUGAAAUAGCGGUAGAUUAUAGACUUGGGUCGUUUCGCCCUCCCCCCCUCCCUAAUUGUUAAAUGAAAGGAUCUGUAAUUUUAUCUUAUUUUGACCCGUGGAGAACCACUCGUCGUAACGGCGUUGCUGCAUAAAUCGCUGUGAAUAAAAGUGAAAAAGGGCAGUCCUCUACUACAUCUUUUACAAGUUGUGCCACUUUUACCCGCCGAGAAAGUUCGUUCCAUUUGAUGUUAUGUGGUGCUUUUCCUUUUGUUGUAGAGGAACAAUUCCAGACAACCUGAAGAAGUACAUUAAUGGAGAACCUAGCGAGUUCAACGACAAGAAACAGCUUCUAGCAUUAGGAUCAAGGUUAUUCAUAUGAAUCUCAACCACCCUUUGAAACACGUGUUAUAUUUCAUUUUCUUCAAGACAAGUUUAGAAUAUGUACAUUAUACAUAAACUGUACCUCUGAAGCCAAGGACUUCACUCCAUCGCUAUUUUCAUAGACUUCAGUUGCUAUAACAUUAUUACAUGCUCCAGGCGCCGAUCGUUCAAACGAUGGAUAGGCGCUAUCCAUCGGAUAAAUCACUAUCCAGUGGAUAAGUAUUAAGGAAACCAGUUGCGUUAUCCUGGCACUGGAUAGAGUUUAUCCAGGAGGUGGCGUUAUCCACCUUUCGAACAUCGAAUCAUCGAAUCAUACCAAUUGCCAGCACAAGGACAUAAAAAAGUAGCCCUGUGUCAAGUCAGUUUAUCGUGAAUUAUUGUAGUUGUUGUUGUUGUUUUUCAUCAAAGUGCUUAUGGAAGAGCGUUGAAACUGCAGCCCGAAUGUGGAACUCUGUGGGGUGACUUAGGCUUCAACUGCUUUCAGCAGGUUAAGGUAAGAAAAGGUUUGGCUCGUCCUCGGUGUAAGAACCCUUGAAGCACACGAGUGUCGUAAAAUAAAGGAAAAAAAGAAGUCAACACAAUAAAACCAGGGAAAACAAAAAGUGCGAAACAAAGAAAAAGUUCACAGGUUCUUACACCAAGGUAAACCCAAAGGUUUACUACAUAUCGACCACAAAGUUCUAGUGUCACCACAAUGGCAAGUGGGAAACUGGAGGCAGGUAGUUUUGACCCCUAUUUUAGAUUAGUGGAAAUGUUCCUCAGAUGUCUUGAUCGUGGAUCGCUGUAUGAUUGAAAUGGAUACCGUCUUCAUUCCGGAUCAGUUGAAGUUCCUGGGUAACUGACCACUUACCCCUCCCCUAAGUCACAAUUUUGCCUUAAGUGGAGGGGUAGGUGAUCAGUUACCAAGAAAUCUCGAUUGAUCCCCAUCAUCCCUUCCCAUUAGAUGUGUAAGAUAUUCUGAAAGGUUGGUCUAAAGUUGCUCCAAAUCGAGCCAUCAGGUGCUGACGUAAUUUGGGUUUUUUAGACGGAGUUUGUUCUCCUUUACAUUUUACUACUUGAAAUGGCACAUCUUUCUUUGAAAAGACUUCCUCCAGCUUGUACUUUUAUACCUGCAGAGGAACUUAAAGACCUUCUUCGUCACUUUAAAACAACCGCUGACCAGUCUGGAUAACAUUAUAAGGGUCAAACCAGAGGGCGCCAAACUUAUUAGAAGCAAACCCUUCGCAUACAUCACGCCACAUUGUUCAAGUCACGUCGAUAUUGUCAAGUUCUUUUGCUGAAUCCUAAAAAUUCAGUUGAUUUUCUCUUAUCGAUGUCCAAGAUUGAAAGCCUCAAAAUAAGUUUGAUCAACUGGUAGAUUCUCCUUUCAGUUUCUCUUAUGUUUGCUAAUGACAUUUAGGACCCAUUCAAUUUAUUUUUUAGAAAGGUGUUAAACUAUAAUCUUCUGAGCAUUUUAACCAGCCAAACGGACUAAUUUCCACGGCACCGCCCUUUUAUCGUUUUUUCUAGAUUUUAAGUGGAGUUGACAGAGAGAAGAUGGCCCACAGGGCUCUUCAGGUAACACAUGUAUUUACAAAUCGAUACAAAAUAUACAGAAGAGUGAAGUAUUAUCUUUUUAGAGGAAAUAUGUCGGUGUUGCUUCGUUUAUAAUUCUUGUUAAUUCGUUAAACAGGCGCUGAAGAAAGGUCUAACUCUGCAACCAUCUAAUCACAUUCUGUGGAACACUUUGGGAGUGGUGACAGCUUCUAAAGGUAACAUGUAGUGGGAACAUGUGGGACAUGUAACUAAGGUAACAUGUAGUGGGACCCACCUACGGCAACAUGUGGGACAUGUAACGAAGGUAACAUGUGGGACCCGCCGUAAAAUGUAUAUUCAACGUAACUUACUGAUCUUGUACUAGCUGGUUUACUGGUUGAUAACUGCUUUGAGUGAUAAAUUGAUUGAUUUGCUGGUUGACAGGUUGACAGCUUGUCAAAUUAAUUGAUUGGUAGCUGGGUGACUGAUUGAGGGGUUGAUUGAAUGCAUUGGUUGAUUGAUGGACUGACGGAUUGAUUGAUUGGUUUGUUGAUACAUACACCGUAAAAUACAAAAAAAAAAAAAUCGAAAGUCAGAACGUCUGUUUUGUUAUGCAAUCCCUGUUAUGUUUUAUCGAUUUAUUUUCUGUCUGAUUGAUUUUAUCUGGACGCCCUUUCUGUAUGUCUAACGGUCUGGUCCAGACAAAUUGUUAACUUCCGAGUUCCGAAAAAGGAACAAAUGUGGUUGAAUAAUUAACGAAAUGUUCAAAGAUUAGUUGAUUAUUUUCAUCCUCGUCAGUGUGUCUCUCUUCAGUGUCUCUGGUGCUAGGCCAGCUACCCAUUCUGUUCAGUGUAUUGACAGUGUGAUUUCCAUUUCCUAUUAGAAAUCAAUAACCCAGACCUGAGCCAACACUCUUUCAUCAUGUCCAUCAAGACUGAGCCAAAUGUAAGUAAAACUUUUAGCGUUUUCCAACAAACUUGUUAUCACUUGUUCAGUCAAGAUGAGUACAUAAAAAGCCAACUGUUUUCGUCAUGUAUCGACCAAAGAAAACAAAGCGUAUAUCCAGCCACCUUGACUGAUCAUAUUUGCAUGGCCAUCACACAAUUUGUUGUAUGGCAUUAGAAAUAUUUCGUUUUUAAUCAAGGAGAGAGAGAAAACAAAAACAUAGGGACCAUCUACUAGAGGCAAGAGACCCUGUUCAAAGCGCAAAACUCGCCAUAUUAACAUUACACCGGCAUUGCCGGUUCCAUCCAUACAGUGAAGGUUUACACGGUUGGGAUAGAAUGGCUGCCAUCAAAAGUACCUCCCAUAUGUUGUACUUUGGCACUGAAGCUUUGUGAACUACCGACAACAAACACCUUGGGACGUCCUUGAAUGGAUUUCCUGUUACCGGAUUUUAAUUGUUCAUUUUAAGUCUUGAUACUAGAACGCAGUAGUAAAGUUAAGUUGUUGUUGUUGUUGUUGUUAUUGUUGCUUUUGUUGACAGAAUGUGAUUGCUUGGACAAAUCUGGGAGUCUUGUACCUGAAGCAUGGCAAGAUAGAGGUGAAUGGACUUGAAGCUGAUUUUUGAUAUUUUAAAAUGAUUUAUAGUAAACUAUUUCAUUGUCCUAGCGUGAUUUUAGUUAACCCGUGAAAUAGAUCGUUGACUACCGUAAAUGAUCGAUUAAGCGCCGCAACUCGAACGAACGCUGCUCUCGAAUAAGCGCCCCAUCUUUGUUACGGCGCUUGAUGUAAAGAGAUAUCAGAACCAUAUCGCUUGAGAAAUAAGACCACGACCGACUCAUGUGUUCUAAUGUUUUAAUGUAGGGAAACUCUUGAAACUGGGUUCAUAGAACAGUUCGAGGCGUACAUAUUUUAUAUUAAAUGGUGCAUACCUAGUACGCGCCUCACUUAAUUCUCUCUAUAUUCCCCUCAGUGUUUUACCCCUAGUUGAAAUAAGUGCCGGUCUCGAAUAAGCGCUGUAUCUUAAACAGCGAAAAUGAAAUACGCGCCGCGGCGCUUAAUCAAUCAUUUACGGUACUUGUACUACGCCGUAUUACUUUCUGAUUUCAUUGUUUUCUCUUGUUUUCUAUUUGUAACUAAUUGUUACUUAUUGUCUCUUGCAACUAGAAUGAUAAUGCGCUUGUUAUGUUAAUAACGUACACUCUUUCCUCGUGUAGGUUGCUCAUGAAGCCUUCAAGAAUUCUCAAGCGUUAGAUCCAUCUUACACGGCAGCAUGGAUUGGUCAGGUGAAAACUCUUCAGCCAAAGUGAUUUUGUUUUCUUUUUAUUAUCGAGCUCUGUCUACUUGUGAGAGUUUUUUAAAAUAUUUUAC